AGAGAAAAACAUAGACAGAGAGAAAUAAGAGACACAGGAAGUGGAGACAGAGAUAAGGGGAGAAGGCAGCUCUAUCACCUAUCGCACUCACAGAUGCACAGACGGUGGGUGCAUAUACUUCCAAACCAUCUCUGCCUUUCUAACUCAACUCCAGCCAACCAAACCAGAACAUCAUGAGUCUCUCCAGCAACAGCAUCGCGUUCAUUCAGCAGGUCUACCCAUUUCACGAUGGCUGGAACAUCGCCUGCUUUGUCAUCCUCCUCCUCUUUAUCCUCACCAUCCUUUCCCUCGCCAUGCUGGCCUUCCUCUACGAGCUGCUCGACUGCAGCUGCUUCGCCAAGCCCAAGGCCAGCCGCAAUCACUGCAGACACAGUGAUGAGAUUGUGUAGGCUCCACGCCAAGGAGAGAGAAUGCCUCCAGAGUGUACCAACCACCUCCACAUCCACUCCAACAAUAUUGAUUGGUCACAGGGGAGGUUUGGACUUCCUAAAAUUCUCCACCAUCUCCUUCGUUUUCCGGGUGUUAUUUUGCAGCCAAUUCAGUGAUUCUUGAUACAGUGACUGGUCCUGAGUGCAUGCUGGAGGCUGCUGUGUUGAGGCAUUACGCUGCAAUGGUGGUGACUUGUUAGGCAAAGGCAUUAAGCUGCAAGGCUGUUGAUCACUGAGCUGUAAAAUUUAGUUCCAUCCUUGAUCUAACACAUUUGGCUGUGAUAUUCAGAUGCUACUCAGUGUUUCCCCUGUCGAUGUACACAAAGUUUACCUUAAACAUCCAUCACAAUAACACACUGUUGGUACUAAGUUCAAUAGAUAAUGAAAUAAUUCAAAUAAUUACUGACAAACUGUGUUUAUCAACCGAAUGCUUGAAUGCAAUGAAUGCUUAUUAAGGAUGUCCUGAUCAACUUUUUUUGCCCCCAGUACCAAUUAGUCAUUUAAUAUUGAGCAUCUUCCGAUAUCGAAUCUCAAUCCAAUACUUAUAUUUUCCUAAAUAAUACUAUUGCACAGUGCAUACUUCAAGUACAAUACAGUUAUUAAAAUCAAUCCAUUGUAUAUGCCUGCCACUCAUAUUUUUUCAUAUUUCUCGCAUUGUGCUGCAAAAUGACAUGGACCCCUUGCUUGUCUAUGUAUUCAACAUCUCCUCAACUGCUUGGUUUUACAUGCACUGCUGUAUGAGAUCAGUGGAACUGCCGCAUACGCAACACUGCACACUUUAAAUCAAAAGUGGCAUCAAUACAGUGUGCUGUGAGUCCAAAUAAUGACAUCGUGGAACCAUCAGAACUCCAAAUAUCUGUGGUAAAGCCAGUAGCAGUCACAUAUGAUAGAAGACCUCGUAUGUGGUCGCAAACCUUGUUGUAAAUGAAAACCUGUAUUUUCUACCACAGCAAUAGGCUGGUCAAUGUUAUGAAUUCAGUUACCUUCUAUGUAAGCUUUUUUUCUAUGUAGGCCAUGUUACUGUCUGGAGAAAAUGUCUCUGUUCUUUUAAAAGUUUCCUCUAGUGUGUGUUACUUCGGGGCAGCCUUUGCCUGGCUAACCUGAGCAAACUCACUGUAUUCUGCCGAGUGUUUAUUCUUUAAGUGCGUUCAGAGUGCUGAACCACUGGGCAGCUCUACAAGCAUAUUUUGAAAGCCAUGAUGACGCAGAGAAGAAUGGCAAAGUUUGUAUCCUGCCAGACCAUUUUCUUGACCCAGACAUUAACGUUUUCUUUAAAUGUUCCUGAAUGUUGCCCUCAAGCCCUUGGCUGAAUUCAAUACUACAUUUUAGGUGGAAAAUGAGUGGCAGAGUAAUGGAUAUUUGGAAGGAUACAAAUACUUCCCAUGCUUUUUAUUUAUUUUAUACUCCUUCCAUUUACCCACAGUAAAAGGGGGUGAUGAUCCAUAUAAUUGAGAGAGUGAUGUCCAGACUGAUCAGGUGGUUCCUGGGAUGUCUUAUUUCUUUCUACAGGCAAGGUCCAUUAUAGAUAUCCCAAUGAAAUGGGACUAUGUGCAGGAAAGGAAGCUGGCAGAUGACUUCUUCAUAGGGGCAAAAAACUAAUGUAGUAAAGACAGACUACAAACUAUUCCCUUGAUGAAACAUUGAUCUGGUCAAAGGGGGGCUCUCUCCCACCCCCAGGCCACAGACCAGACCAGGACCAGCUGGUGCUUUGAGGUUGAGCAACAAAGCCAUAAAUACGGCCUGGCAUUCUGACCCUUAACCCCCACUCAUUUGAUGGCAUGAACUCAUGGAUGAGAAGGAGAAAAGCUUACUAGCCUGGCUAUACUUCAAGAAACUGUGACCAUGAAUUCCAGUAGAUUCAAAUCCCUACCAGGGAAACUCAUCCCACAGAUUCACGAAUUAACAACUUGCUAUUUAUGUCAAUCAACAAGUAUGGUUAUUUUAAUAUAAUGUCCAAAAUGUGAUGUUUGUCGCAUUAUUCUGUUCAUUACUUGUUCUUUAUUCAUU